AUGGGAAGGGCAGAGGGGGGAGUGAUGAGGAAGGGGAAGGGCGCGUCCAUUAUGGAUUAUUUCGAGACGUUGGAGGACCCCAGGAUCGACCGCUGCAAGCGGCACCAGCUGCUGGACAUCAUUGCCAUUGCCAUCUGCGCCGUCAUCUGCGGCGCCGACUCCUGGGUCUACGUCGAAUUGUUUGGCAAGAGCAAGCUGGAAUGGUUCCAGACCUUCCUGGAACUGCCCCACGGCAUCCCGUCCCACGACACCUUCGGCGACGUCUUCUCCCGGCUGGACCCGGAGCAGUUCCAGCAGUGCUUCAUGGCCUGGACCCAGGCAGUGUCCGACCUGAUCCCCGGGGAAGUGGUGGCCAUCGACGGCAAGACGGUACGGCGUUCCCACGACCGCAAUUCGGGCCAGCGGGCCAUCCACCUGGUCAGCGCCUGGGCCUCGGCCAACACGCUGACCCUGGGGCAGGGGUGCAUCGUCACCAUCGACGCCAUGGGCUGCCAGCAGGAGAUCGCCCAGGGGAUUCUGGACCGGGGAGCCGGCUACGUGCUGGCGCUGAAGGAGAACCAGGGUCAACUGUAUGAAGACGUGCGGGACCUGUUCGAGGGAGCGGCGGAGUUCGGCUUCGAGGGAGUGCCCCACGACUACGCCACCACCCUGAACAAAGACCACGGCAGGAUAGAACGUCGGGAGUGCUGGACAAUCAGCGACCCAGCUUGCCUGGAGUACCUGAGCACCGGGCAGGACUGGCCCGGCCUGUGCUCGGUGGUCAAGGUGGUGGGCCGGCGGGAGACGCCGGCCGGGACCACGGUGCAGCCCCGGUACUACAUCAGCAGUCUGGAGGCCCCAGCGGAACGGCUGCUGGGGGUGGUGCGUACCCACUGGAGCAUUGAGAAUUCGUUGCAUUGGAGUCUGGAUGUGACCUUUGGCGAAGACCAUUGCCGUAUCCGCAAGGACCACGCUCCCCAGAACAUGGCGACGCUGCGGCAGGUUUCGCAUAAUCUGCUCAAGAACGAAACGAGCCUCAAGGUGGGCAUCCAGGGGAAACGCCUCCAGGCCGGCUGGAAGGAGGACUACCUGCUGAAAGUCCUACGCAGCUAA